AUGGAAGACAUUAACAUCGUUGCGAACGUCGCGGCGGUGGUCGCCGCGUCAGAGCACGCUCUGGCGGCGGCCUCCAAUGCCCCGACCCCCGCGGCCGCUCCUCCAGGGUAUCGCCCUCUCACAGCAGUCGAGCUGUACGUGGUAAUCAACCGCAUGGCCAAAGCCGCCACCGCCUCAGAACGCGAGGCCGCAGAAAAGGCUUACAGAAGGUUCAUGCAGUAUGAUCUCCCCGCCGCACUGCCAGGCGCAGCCAGUGAAGAGGCCAAGGUACCGCCGGGAGCCCCGCCAGGCGUGUCCACGCAAGAGGACACUGCACUGCCGGAGGCGGCCCCGAAGGGAGCAGCACCACCAGGCUUGGCUGCUCAAACAGCUAAUGUCCUGCUGGCCCCCCAAACGGUACAGGCCAAUCAAGAGGCUGCUGUUCUGCCAGCUGCGCCUCAACCGAUAGAGGUCAUUCCAGAGGCUAACCUGGAACAAUUGAUCCAGGAGGGAGAGGCCAUGGAACACUCAUUACCGUCUCGAAAGAGACCUGCAGACGCGAUCGACGACGAUGAGUCGCCCGCAUGCGCAUCUUCUGUUGACAGGAUACAACAGAAGAAGAAGCCACACGCGCCAGAGGGCGCCACUGACGACAGAGACGACAACGAGGCCGCCCACGAAGACGCAGAGGGAUUUGUCGUCCCAAAACGGCGGCACACGGCGCGGGCAAAGAAGCUCGAACCGGUGCAGCCAAUAGGGACGCACAACUCUUUUUCAGAACCACCUGAAGAAGAGACCAUGGAAGCGGAGCAGCAGGCACCACAAGCCAAGAAGUUACCUGCCCCCCCGCCAAUCGUCCUACUCUGGAAGGACACCUUCAGGUCCUUGUUAGAGAAGUUCAAAGAGCGAAAGUCGCCGCUGAGAAAAACAUCGUCAAAGACGAGACAACCUCAGCGCGCGGUAAGACCGGCUAGCCCGGGCGAGGCACAGCCGACCGAGCCAGCGCAGGACGCGCCCGAGCGGACAAAGGCCGCCACGUGCUCAGGUAACGGAGCGGGCGGCCCAGCGCAGGUACAAUGCACCGAGGCGCGAGGCGAGCACAAUGGCCCGGCCGCGUCACCCGGCCCGUCGCGAGAACAAAGCCGCGACGCAGGUACCACGCCAGCACCGGCGGCCGCCGUGCAGCGCGCUGCUGCGGGCACGCCGCGGCAUGAGAAUGCAGCGGCGGGCGGGCAGCAGUGCGCGGACGCGGCGGACGCCGAACCUGCCACACCACACGACGAUGACGGUUUCCAGAAGCCCAAAAGAACCGCCGGCCGCUCCCCUGUGCUGCACACAGCCUCUCCGGUGGGAACAAAGUCUUCAGGCAGCUGA